AUGACAGAAGCAGGUAAUCGACUGAAACUUGUCGAUAUUGGUGAUAGCAAUCUGGCUGUAAGCAUUUGUUUCCUUUAUAUUUGGUUGUUCAGUUAAUUCUGGACCUUAUAACUCUAAAAAUGUGUUUUGAGAAGGGUGCAGAGUUAUUUGAACGACCUAUUAUAAUAUAAGUUGAUGUAGUUAUACAGAGAAUAUUUCUCUUCGAAUAAUGUGAAUUUUCAGUCUUUUCUUCAAAUCUAUGAAUUACUGGCAUUCCAACAAGAUAAAAAGAGGUUACUGAAGAGGAUAGGGCAGUUUGUGUACAGUAAAAUUGCCUUCGUCAAGGAUAAACCGGCUGGUAUCAUCUACGUUGAUGAUGUUCAAGAAAAGCAUGGUAACUUACCUGAAAACUCGGUUUAUUUGGAGUUUGUUGGCGUCAAAGUCAUGAAUAGAUCGUGAGUUGUUUAGUUUGUUUUUGGGAAUCUGUGACGUAUUUUACCUUUUUUAUAUCAGUUUAGGCUAUGUUAAUAUUUUUGAUGGUAAAACACAAGUUAAGAACCAGAAAUUUGAUAAACUUACUAUCUUAAAACAAAAAUUGUUUUAGGGAAGGAAUAGCUACAUCAAUGAUGAAAGACUGCCUCGAAUAUCUUGAAUCUUUGAAGAAAUACGACUAUAUUGUUUUACAUGUUCAGGUAUGUCAACCAAAAAAUUACAAAUAAUAAGUUAUAUUAUUUAGAAAAACAACGAAGAUGCUAUCAAUUUGUACAAAAAGUUCAAUUUCGAAGUGUUGGACACAAUACCAAGGUAUUACCCACGAUUUGCCUGUGAAGACGCUUAUUUGAUGACACGGAAGCUACAAUAA